AUGGCACAUUCUCCUCAAGGAUCAUUGAUACAACCUACAAUCAUUACAAGCCCACAGCUUAAGCCAAAAUCUGAUAAUGAUUUGGUUAAAUCCCUCUCACAUCUGGUCGCCGGAGCUACCGGCGGUGCCAUUACCGCAGUCCUCACAUCGCCGCUUGACGUCUUGAGAACUCGGUUACAAUCUGACUUUUACCGUCCAAUACUCUCAUCAGCGGCCGGUCCCCAGGCUAUGCAGCAGCAAGCAUUCCAAGCAACUCGUCCUAUGCUAGGGCACAUCCGCGAAACUUUCCAGAUACUCUUUUCAAUAUACCAUAUCGAAGGUUGGCGCGGGUUAUUUCGAGGCCUUGGACCCAACUUGACUGGCGUUGUACCGGCCAGUGCCAUUAAAUACUAUACCUACGGGAACGUCAAACGCAUAAUCGGUGAAUCGCAAAUUUUCGGGCCAAAUAGCGAAAAUGCAAUGGGGUGUCAUAUUAUAUCGGCUGUUACCGCAGGUAUAACUACUGGGACUCUCACAAGCCCAAUUUGGGUGAUCAAGACACGACUCCAACUUGACAAGUCACAGUCAGCCAACAAUCCACAAGCUGCCCCAAGACGAUAUAAGAAUAGUUUUGAUUGCGCAAGACAGGUUCUACGGCAGGAAGGCCCCAGGGGGCUAUAUAGAGGACUCUCAGCAAGUUAUCUAGGAAGCUUGGAGACGACAUUUCAUCUUGCCCUCUAUGAGCAGUUAAAGAUGCUCAUGGCGCAAAUGAAGUCCAACCGGGAUGAGCUUUCAGCCAUGGCAGGUGCUCGCACUACCGAAAACAAAACAUUGGGAGAUCGAGUGUUUGGCCUAUUAGGAAUGGGUGGUGCUGCUGCACUUUCGAAAUUCCUUUCUUCAAUCAUUGCAUACCCACACGAGGUAAUCCGAACGCGACUACGACAAGCCCCUAUGGCCAAUGGCCAUGUAAAAUAUACUGGAGUAGUCCAGUGCUUCCGGCUUCUCUGUAGGGAAGAGGGUUUCAGAGCUUUAUAUGGCGGCUUGACGCCACAUCUCCUUCGUUCCAUCCCUUCUGCAGGCAUCACACUUGGCGUUUAUGAGGCCGUUCUUGAAGGGUUCAAGCUACUUUCCGAAGACUAA